AUGUCUAAUAACCCUGAACUUAAGGUUAUUGGUUAUUCAAAUGAGUGGAUUAAUUGGAUUGAAGAAUCUAUUGUAAAAAAACAAAUUAAAUAUUAUGAUCAUAAAGACUUUAAUAAUAUUAAAGAAAUUGGACUCGGAAAUUUCGGAAGAGUUUAUCGUUCAAAUUGGAAAAAUUCUCAUAGUUUUUUAGCUUUAAAAUCUUUUAUAAAUUUCGAUAUCAUUGCUAAAGAAAUUGUUAAUGAACUUAAACUUCAGCGUGAAGUUGAUUUUCAUGAAAAUAUUAUUCACUUUUAUGGCAUCACAACAGAAAUCCAAAGUGAUGAUUCAAAGAAAUACUUGCUAGUGAUGGAAUAUGCCGAUAGUGGUACUCUUCGAAAUUAUUUAAGCGAACGAUUUGAAAAUCUCACUUGGAAUAAUAAAUUAAAUCUAGCGUUCCAAUUAGCUGUUGCUAUAUCAUGUUUGCAUGAUAAAGAAAUCAUGCAUCAUGAUUUGCAUUCAAAUAAUAUCUUAGUUCAUAAGAAUACAAUCAAAUUGGCUGACUUUGGGUUGUCAAAAAGGAUUAAAGGAUUACUUAAAUCAAAUUUAUUUGAAAUGGUCGCCUAUGUUGAUCCACAAAUUUUUAAUAGAAAUAGUGAUAGCAACGACUCAAUGAAAGUGUAUUCGUUAAAUAAAAAGAGUGACGUUUACAGUAUUGGCAUACUCUUGUGGGAAAUAUCUAGUGGGAAACCACCUUUUUGUAAAGAAUCAUACGAUAUCGGUUUGGCUAUGGAAAUAUUACAAGGUCUUAGAGAGAAACCUAUUACUAAUACUCCUGAUGAUUAUAUGAAACUAUAUACUGAUUGCUGGAACAAUGACCCAGAUGAUCGUCCAAUUAUCAACCAAGUUAUUGCAACAUUAGACGCAAUUAUUCUAAAGGAAAACAUCCAAGUAUCAAGUAUACAGCAGAAUAUCAUUAAUAAUCCAUUACACCAAAUUAUUCAAAAUUUUAGUGAUGUAAAUAUGAAAGAAAUUGAACCUUCAAUUUCAUCAAAUCUAAUUACAAAUGACUAUGAAAUAUUGAUUAUUGAAAUAAUUAUAUUUCUACAAGAUGUAGAAGUAGUUAGGAAAAAACGUGAAGUUAUUAAUUAUCUUAAUGAAAAUAAUUUAACUUCUCGAGAAAUUUAUGAUUGGUUACUAAAUAAUCAGGAUAAUUCAGAUUCCGUUUUUUUACUUGGAGUAUUUAAUCAUGUUGGAAUUGAAAUUAAUGUUGAUGAACAAAAAGCAUUUGAAUUAUAUCAAAGUGCAGCAAAUACAGGGCAUGUGCCCGGAAUAAUUAAUUUGGGAUUUUGUUAUAAUAAUGGAAUUGGAACUAGUAUUGAUAAUCAAAAAGCAUUUGAACUAUAUCAAAAAGCAGCAAAUUUAGGAAAUUCAUGUGGAAUAAAUUUUUUAGGAUACUGUUAUCAGGAAGGAAUUGGAACUAGUAUUGAUUACAAAAAAGCAUUUGAACUAUUUCAAGAAUCAGCAAAUUUAGGAAGUGUAUUUGGAAUAUGUGGUUUAGGAUGUUGUUAUGAUCAUGGGAUUGGAACAAGUAUUGAUAAAAAAAAAGCAUUGGAGUUAUAUCAAAAAGGAGCAAAUUUAGGAAAUAUAUAUGGUAUAGCUAGUUUAGGAUACUUUUAUGAAAAAGGUAUUGAAACAAAUGUUAAUGUACAAAAGGCAUUUGAACUAUAUGAAAAGGCUGCGAAUUUAGAAGAUAGUUUUUCUCAAUAUUGUCUUGCUUUUAUGUAUGAAUAUGGAAAAGGAGUUGAAAAGAAUAUAAAUCAAGCAAUUUAUUGGUAUAAAAAAUGUGCUGAACAAGGAGAUAUUACAGGUUAUAUUAAUAAUAUUUUAACAAGUAAUAAAGUAACAAUAAAAUAA